GGGGGGAGGAGAGGAAGGGGCGCUCGCAGCGGGCGGGAUGAGGCGAUGCGCGUGAGGCGGCGCGGGCUGCUCGGGGCCAGGACUGAGGCGGCGGUGGCGGCGGAGUUCCCCACGCUCGGACCCAGCCCGCCUCGGCAAAGCGGACUGAAUUUCAAAAUGCUUCAGUUUUUCUGGACGAACCCUGUGAUCAAAUAUAAUAUGCAUGUACCCUUUUAAAAAGCUCUGCAUUUCAUCAGAGAAUAUUUGUAGAAAUGAAUAUGAGGACAUUUCUGAAGAUCAUUUAAACGUUUCCAAUCAUGUCUGUGAACUAAAGGACAGUUUUUUAAUAGAUUAAUCUUAAACACUUUUUUUAAAGCAUUAGUAACAAUAGUAAUAAGAGGCUGUUAUCUUUCUUUAAAAAAAAAGCAACUAAAGACAUUUAUGGAAGGAAACAUUCAAUAUGCAUUUUCUGAAACUAAAAGCGAGAGACAAGAACAGAUUUAAAAGGAAACAAAUGAAGAUGCAUGGUAAAUAAAAUUUGCUGUGAUAAGGACAAGUGAUGUUAAAUCCUUUGCUAGCACUUGGUUGUUUUCUCAAAGACACAGCUUUUUUUGAUAAAGGGGCUGAUAUUUAGGGGGAAAGGAUUAGUUACUGAUAAAGUUCCUAGCUGAAGAACUUGUGAUCAUUGGCAUGUGUGGCUUAAAAGGGAAAAUAAGCAAGAAGCUUUUAAAUAAGUCAAAAAGUGAAAUAAUUUUUUUUUACUGCUAUAAUUUUUAAGAGCCUCAAUAUAACAUUUAAGAUAAAUUGACAGCCAUUUCAAAAGAUUUAAAGAAAGGCAGAUGUCCGCAAACAACUCCCCUCCAUCGGCACAGAAGUCUCUCUCACCUGCAUCUCUCUCUGCUGUGCUUGCAACUCCUUCUCCAUGUUCAAGUCCCAAGACAGGACUCUCUGGCCGUCUCUCCAAUGGAAGCUUCAGCACACCAUCGCUUACCAAUUCCAGGGGCUCAGUGCAUGCAAUAUCGUUUCUGCUGCAAAUUGGUCUUACAAGGGAGAAUGUUACCAUUGAGGCCCAGGAAUUGUCCUUAUCUGCAGUGAAGGAUCUAGUCUGCUCAAUAGUUUAUCAGAAGUUCCCAGAAUGUGGUUUUUUUGGCAUGUAUGACAAAAUUCUUCUCUUUCGCCAUGACCUGAAUUCAGAAAAUAUUUUACAGCUGAUUACCUCAGCAGAAGAGAUACAUGAAGGAGAUCUUGUAGAAGUUGUUUUGUCAGCUUUGGCUACAGUAGAAGAUUUCCAGAUCCGUCCACAUGCACUCUAUGUGCAUUCUUACAAAGCACCUACUUUUUGUGACUAUUGUGGUGAAAUGCUUUGGGGAUUGGUACGCCAAGGAUUAAAGUGUGAAGGCUGUGGAUUAAACUACCAUAAACGAUGUGCCUUCAAGAUUCCAAAUAAUUGUAGUGGAAUAAGAAAGAGACGUUUGUCCAAUGUAUCUCUGCCAGGACCUGGCCUCUCUGUUCCAAGACCCAUUCAAACAGAAUGUACAGUGUCUCCCAAUGAAGAGGCACAUGUUCACCAAGAACCAAGUAAGAGAAUUCCCUCCUGGAGUGGACGCCCAAUCUGGAUGGAGAAGAUGGUCAUGUGUAGGGUGAGAGUUCCGCAUACAUUUGCUGUGCAUUCUUACACUCGCCCCACAAUAUGCCAGUACUGCAAGCGGCUGCUCAAAGGCCUUUUUCGCCAGGGAAUGCAGUGUAAAGAUUGCAGAUUUAAUUGUCAUAAGCGCUGUGCAUCAAAAGUACCUAGAGACUGUCUUGGGGAGGUUACUUUCAAUGGAGAGCCUUCCAGUUUGGGAACAGAUAUGGAUAUGCCAAUGGACAUUGACAGUAGCGAUAUGAAUAGUGAUGGUGGUCGGGGUUUGGAUGACCCAGAAGAACCAUCUCCACCGGAAGACAAAAUGUUCUUCUUAGAUCCCUCUGAUCUUGAUGUAGAAAGAGAUGAAGAAGCUGUCAAAACCAUCAGUCCAUCAACGAGCAAUAAUAUCCCACUAAUGAGAGUUGUGCAGUCAAUCAAGCACACAAAGAGGAAAAGCAGCACAAUGGUGAAAGAAGGCUGGAUGGUGCACUAUACCAGCAGAGACAAUUUGAGAAAGAGACAUUACUGGAGGCUUGACAGCAAAUUCCUUACAUUAUUUCAAAAUGAAUCUGGAUCAAAGUAUUAUAAGGAAAUACCACUUUCAGAAAUUCUCCGCGUGUCUCCUCCACAAGAUCUCUCUCACAUUUCUCACGGUAGUAAUCCACACUGUUUUGAGAUCAUCACUGAUACGAUGGUCUACUUUGUGGGUGAGAACAAUGGAGGCAGCUGUCACAGUCCAGUCCUGGCAGCUACGGGAGUAGGGCUCGAUGUAGCCCAGAGCUGGGAAAAGGCCAUUCGUCAGGCUCUCAUGCCAGUCACCCCUCAAGCUAGCGUUUGUACUUCUCCGGGCCAAGGAAAAGAUCACAAUGAGUUGUCUGUUAGCAUCUCUGUUUCUAACUGCCAGGUCCAGGAGAAUGUGGAUAUCAGUUCUGUAUACCAGAUCUUUGCUGAUGAGGUCCUGGGUUCAGGACAGUUUGGCAUUGUAUAUGGAGGAAAACAUAGAAAGACGGGACGGGAUGUAGCUAUUAAAGUGAUUGAUAAGAUGAGAUUCCCCACAAAACAGGAAAGCCAGCUUCGUAAUGAAGUGGCCAUUCUGCAGAAUUUGCACCAUCCUGGGAUCGUAAAUCUGGAAUGUAUGUUUGAGACCCCAGAACGAGUCUUUGUAGUCAUGGAAAAGCUACAUGGAGAUAUGCUAGAAAUGAUUCUUUCUAGCGAAAAAAGCAGGCUUCCUGAGCGAAUUACUAAAUUCAUGGUCACCCAGAUACUUGUUGCUUUGAGGAACUUACAUUUUAAGAAUAUUGUGCACUGUGAUUUAAAACCAGAGAACGUGCUGCUAGCCUCAGCAGAGCCAUUCCCUCAGGUGAAGCUGUGUGACUUUGGCUUUGCACGCAUCAUAGGUGAAAAGUCCUUUAGGAGAUCUGUGGUGGGAACCCCAGCAUACUUAGCACCUGAAGUUCUCAGGAGCAAAGGUUAUAAUCGUUCUCUGGAUAUGUGGUCAGUGGGAGUUAUUGUUUAUGUGAGCCUUAGUGGCACAUUUCCAUUUAACGAAGAUGAAGAUAUAAAUGACCAAAUUCAAAAUGCUGCAUUUAUGUACCCACCAAAUCCAUGGAAAGAAAUUUCUGGUGAAGCAAUUGAUUUAAUAAACAACUUACUUCAGGUGAAGAUGAGGAAACGCUAUAGUGUUGACAAAUCUCUCAGUCACCCCUGGUUACAGGAUUAUCAAACUUGGCUUGACCUUAGAGAGUUUGAAACACGAAUUGGAGAGCGUUACAUCACCCAUGAAAGCGAUGAUGCCCGCUGGGAAGUGCAUGCAAACGAGCACAACCUUGUGUACCCAAAGCACUUCAUUAUGGCUCCCAAUCCUGAUGACAUGGAAGAAGAUCCUUAAGUCACCAACACGCUCAUUUAAGUAUGGAAGAUUUCCACUUGUGAGCUGAUCUGCAUAAAUGCCACUCUUGAUUAGCCUGUUAUCUGUAAGGGAGCGAGGAAACAUGAUGUGAUAUAUGAUGCCAGUGCCAUAGUGUGUGAGAUGUAGGUACAGGAGAGGAGAAAUGAAAGCAGAAUGAAGAAUUCCUGUAAGCUUUCAAAAGUGUGUUAUCACAUGCAGUCAUAAUUAGCUUUUGUAUUUUUCUAUAACUUCAGUUACUGUUGUUUUCUGGCAUUUAAAUACACUCUCCCUUUUUAACUUUGUACAUUAUGGAAAACCAAGCUAGUAACAGAUUGUUUGCCUGAUCAAGUUAGCCCAAGUUGCAAAAUUUGGAUGUAGUUUAAAAGGCUGGUUAUUGGACAGGCUUGCAUUUAAGAGAUCAUUGGGAAACAAUGACCAUAUGAUUUGCUGUUGACUCUAAACAUUUAUUUGACUGAUCCUUGUAGGAGUUGAAGAUUUUCCCCUGUAUGUGUAAAAAAGGGGGUUAGUUGAUUCACUUUUCUUUAGAAAGUGAAUCAAACUUUUAAAUCAGUGAUUCCCAACCUUUCUGGAGUUGUGACACUGUAUAUACUACAUGGCAAAUAAUUUUUAAAUUAGUGGAUUAAUUUUGCUUUGAAUAUUUUGUAACACAUUUUGAGAUAAUGGAGUCUACAUGGUUGUUUCAAAACCAAGAUUACAAAGCAUUGAUCUGAAUGCCAGGGUGGCAGUAGACUCUUAUAAUAAAGCCUGGCUCUGGCUGCUAAAUAUUCCCAUUCUCAUUCACAUUUUAGUCUCCUCCUUGGGAGUCUAACGUUCAUUUAGCACAGGUCUAUUUAUCAGGUUACUAUCACACAGGUUUGACUAAAGUAAGAGGAGGGAUGAGUGUGUUAAAUAUUCACUAAGGUCAUUGAUAGGUGAAAGUUUUAAGUAGCAGUCUAGACUUUACCAGGUAUAGACAACCAAACCAAUCUUCUCCUUUGCGUUUCCUGUAAUAUGGAGGGUCUUACAGGUCUUUAGACUUUUUAACUGAAGCACAUCUCUAAGUGAUUGAAACAGCAAACCCCUUCUGUUAAUUGUAAAGUCACCUUUUUUGUCUCGUUAACACUAAAUUAUCCCAGGUAGCUCACCUGAUCUGGGGUGUAGCCAGGGCUGUGCUAGAGCCUGCUCUGACCCAAUUGUUUUAUUUUCAGUGUGAGCAUUUACACCUUGGAAAUUGGCAAAUGCUACAAAUUAGGGCUUGGGCUUAUUGU